AAGAUAAGGCAAGUGAAAUGUCUUUAAAAAUAGUAAAAAUCAAAUUUGAAGACAGAUUCAAAUUAAUAUUUCUUUGUCUAUGUCAGCUUAACAAAUAAUGAUACGUUAUUUGAUACAGUUAUAUAUCUAUGUGAUAUUUUUAACAUCUCCUUUAAAAAUAGCCAUAACCUUAUAAUAAAUUAAUAAUAAUAUAAUUCAAAUUUGUUUUUAAGAAAAAUUAAACUUUCAUUCACAAAUAAAAAAUACCAGUAACCCAUAGUUAACGGCACGUCAAAACUUUGUCCUCAAUUCAACAUCCACAAAAUCAAUCAAAAGCCCAAAGCAGCAUUAGUGCCGUAGUAUUUGCUUGCUCCAAUUGUUAGUGACGAAAUCUUCAUCUCCCACCAAAAAGAAGCACGCUUGACAAACUCAACGUAUCACCACCAUCAGCAGAACAACUGCAAAGUCAGUAACACAGAGUUCGCGGAUGUUGAUUUCGAUGACCCUAUCUUCUCAAAUCCCAUUCUUUCAUCUCUCAACUUCCCCCAACACACCACCACCGCCAGCGCCACAGUUGCGCUGGCCGACGCCGACUGCCCACAACCGCAACUGCACGUGCCGCUGCCGCCGAAGGUGCAGCAAAAACUGAACACCAUAUGCGAGGAGAAAGAGCAGCCGCAGCCGGACGCCGAUUUGAGAAGGAAGCUGAGUUUGCUGGGCGAGGAGAAGGCACUCGAACUCCUCGGUGAAAUUUACAACACUAAAACAAAGAUCAGAACCCUCAGUGGAUACAUCGGGUUCAUGCUCCGCCAAGAAAAAUACCGAUGUGCCCCUCAUUCUCCUUCUCCUCCUCCUUCUCCUUCCCCUUUCCCUUCCCCUUCGAAGUCUGCCCCCGCUGCUUCUCGUCUUCUUCACAGCCCGUCUUCUGCUUCCUCCAUCACUCCUGGUCGUCAAGGGAAUACUAGUGGAGGACAGAGGGAACUGUAUUCCUAUUUCUCAACAACUCCAUCCCAAUCUGCUCGAACUUCUCUUUUCCAAGGCCCAUCAUCUGCUCCGCAGAGUACUUCUGGUCAUCAAGAGCACCUUGGGGACUGUGGAGGAGGGUUGAGGCCACUUUAUUCCUCUUGUCCCUCGCAUUCUCCUUCAGAAGUUGCCCGUACUUCUCUUUUUCAAGCCCCCUCUUCUGCUGCUCCUUCCACUUCUCUCACUCCGGUUCGACUUUCUCAAGGUGAGGCUCUCACUAAUCGGUCCGCGGACCAACCCGGAGACGAUGGGCGGGCGCAAUUAGAAGCUCUAGGCGAGCUUGAAUUCAGGAAACAGUUUCUAAUAUUAAAUUACGCCGGAGGAGAGAAGUUAGAAAAUGUUCUAGCGCCAGAAACUAUUAGGAGUUGGAAAGGUAUGCCGAUGCAGCAGUUUGAGAACACAGUUUGGGACGCUUUGGGUAGCAAAUAUACUCGAAAGGAAGACCGACAAUGUACUUUGGAUUGGGAUUCUCGACAAGCAUACGUCUACCAUUGUGAAGUCGCUGUGGAUGGGAGCUACAAAUUCAAGGGCCCCUAUCAACGCACCACAAAAAGAACUCUCUUACAGAAAAUUUUAGGAGAUGACAGCAUUUUAAUGGUGAAAUUUGCUGAUGCGGUGAAUGACAAAGAUCCCAGGAAGAAAAUGGGCCUUUAUGUUGAUUAUAGCAAGGUCGCAAGAGAAGGGAUUCUUGUUGGUUUGCGUCGAUAUUGUUUCUUUGUGUUCAAAGAUGGUGGUAACAAAGAGAAGAAGAAAUGCCCAACUUCAUCACCUGUGAAGUGUUACUUUGUUCGUGUGGGCUCUAACGCCACAAUUGACAGGGGUGGAGAUUAUAUUAUAUCUAAUAGAACAGCUCAUAAAGCAAGAUGCAUUUUCAUGCAUCCACAUACCGUGUCUAGUGUGAGCAACUAUAUGAUUAGGUUUUCACUCAUUUUGUCGAAGACAGAGAGCUUGAAAGUAGAAAAUUGGUCCCUUCUGAAGAUUGACGACAUUGAUGAUGAUUAUUGUCUGGAUGAAUAUGGUAAUCGUAUCUAUAGAGAUGGAAAGCCUCUUAUACAUUCAGAUGGAACUGGAUUCAUAUCUGAGGAUCUGGCUUUACUUUGUCCUAAGGAUUUACUGAAAAAAGAAGAGUUCACCAGUGAAUACUUUGAGCCUUUGCUCAUGCAGUUCCGACUUUUCUACAAGGGCCGUGCUGUGAAGGGAACCUUUCUGGUCAAUAAAAAGCUGCCACCGAAAACAAUCCAGAUUCGACCAUCAAUGAUUAAGGUUGAGACAGAUCGACAGAUGUUGGAUGAUAAACAAGUGAAUUCGUUGGAGAUAGUUGGAGUCAGUAAGAAACCUAGGAAUACAAAAUUUUCGAGGAAUUUAAUUGCCCUUCUAUGCCAUGGAGGGGUGCCGAAAGAGUAUUUCAUGGAGUUACUUAUGAAAGAUCUGGAAAAUACUCGUGGUGUGUUCUGCAAUAAGCAUGCAGCAGCCAAAGUUGCCCUUAACUACGGCGGGAUGGACGAUGAUUACCUAUCAUUUAAGAUGAUCUCUUCUGGUAUUCCUCUAGAAGAAUCAUAUUUGCAACAUCGUCUAUCAUUCCUGAAGAAAGAGGAAAACAACAGUCUCAAAAAAGGGAAAAUUUCUAGUCCUCAGAGUUAUAUGUUGAUGGGGACAACUGAUCCAACGGGGAUGUUGGAAAAAGAUGAAGUUUGCGUUCUCCUUGACAGCGGGCCAAUUCAAGGAGAGGUGCUAAUGUACCGGCAUCCAGGUUUACAUUUUGGUGACGUUCAUGUUUUGAAGGCCACCUACGUGGCGGAGUUGAAAGAAUUUGUUGGCAAUAGUGGCUUUGCUAUAUUCUUCUCUCGCAAAGGUUCACGUUCCAUAGCUGAUGAAAUAGCUGGUGGAGAUUUUGAUGGCGAUCUCUAUUGGGUCUCAAGAAACCCUCGGCUUUUAGAAUGUUUCAAACAAAGUAAACCUUGGAUCGAUACUUCAUCAACUCCCAAGGCUGCCACCACCUCACCACCAGAACCAAGUGCGCUUUUGCCCGAUCAUAUAGAGGAUGCGCUCUUUAAACAAUUCUUGACAGCUAGGUUUGAACCGAGUUUUGCUGUGGGUGCAGCUUCUGAGUACUGGUUGGCCUAUAUGGAUGAAUAUCUGACUCUGGGGGAUGGUCAUGAAAGAAGACUUAAGGGGGAAAAAAUGCUGCGGUUAGUUGAUUUAUACUAUGAUGCUUUGGAUGCACCGAAAAAAGAUCGAACGGUCAAAAUCCCCAAUGAUUUGAAACCAGAGUCGUUUCCUCAUUACAUGGGUAAGCCAAACUCAUACAGAUCGACUUCCAUUUUGGGGUCAAUUUAUGACGCAGUGGAGGAAUAUCAACCGGAAGACACUUCAGACAAAGUAGCGGAAAAGCUUCCUUGUUUUGAUGUUGAAGACCUCCCCAAGGAGUGCUUGAAGAAGUGGGACGAACUCUACAAGAAGUACAGGAGUGAAAUGAACUGUGUCUUGCAAAACGAUGAUAAAGAGGGCAAGAAUAAGGCUGCCGAUAAGAUCAUAGGAAGGUAUAAAGAGAUUCUGUAUGGUUGUGAGGACUUUGAGAAGAGCACAAAGCCCUUGGAUGAAAUAUUUAACGAGGCACUCGCUAUAUAUCGUUUCGCAUAUGACUACGCUUGGAAAGUUAACGAUGUAGGAAGAUGCGGGUUUGCUUGGAAAGUUGCAGGUUCAGCUCUCUGUAAGUAUUACAAGACCAUAAACGAGGACCGCACUUUUGAAGUCUCGUUCUCUGUUCUCAGGGACAUCCUCUAAUGAAAGGGGUACGGGGGCUCAAGAUCCUCGGAUGAAUAUUCAUCCGAGGCACCCGCUCACUAUGUAUCGUCUGUGUAUAACUAACUCACUCGUGAGCGCAGGUUAGGUUCUCUGUAAAGUCUCAUUGGCUGUUUUAAAGGGCAGAUUAUUUAAUGUAGGUGUUGAAUGAUGUCCUUAGUUUGUAUUAACUAUUAAUGUAAUGUAACAUUAUUCACGAGUACAUAUAAAAACGACUGACUUUUCUGUAGAUUAUUCUAUCGUUUGUCGUAGGAAAAGAGCAACUUUACCAAAUGCAGAUUUGUAAAGAUGUAGGUUUGAUUUCCUAAGAGUGACUGUCUCAUGUCCAGAUUAUCAUCCAAAUCGUUUUUUAUCCUUG